UCAAACAAAAUGCAGGCUCUCCACUCAUCAACCUUCCAUGUCUCACACAAACCCUUCCUCUAUGGAGAGUCUCCAAAGUUCCAUGAGGAAAGAAAGAGAUGCCACAUGAAGAAGAAGACACCAUGGGUGUCAACAUCAGCAAUAUCAGCAUCAAUUGUUCCUAACACAUCCUCUGCUCCCAAGAGAGAGAAGGACCCAAAGAAACGUGUAGUCAUCACUGGGAUGGGCGUUGUCUCUGUCUUUGGCAACGAUGUGGAUACCUACUAUGACUGUCUCCUUGAAGGUAAGAGUGGGAUCAGCCCAAUUGAUCGCUUCGACGUAUCGGAGUUUCCUACCCAAUUCGCCAGCCAAAUUCAUGGAUUCACUCCUGAAGAUUAUAUCAACAAGAAGCAAGAACGCCAACUUGAGAAUCAUCAUAAAUAUGGCCUUGUUGCAGGCAUGAAGGCUCUAAAAAAUGCAGACCUGGGCACCCAUAACCUAUCCAAGAUUAACAAGGAGAGAGCUUGUGUGAUUAUUGGGACAGCCUUUGGUGGUUGUGCAAUGACAUACAGUAGUAUUCCAAUUCUAAGAGAGAAAGGGUAUAGAAAGCUAACUCCAUAUCUGGUUAUUAACUCUGCUACAAACAUGACUGCUGCCUUACUUGCUGUUGAGUUGGGUCUUAUGGGUCCAACCUAUUCGAUUUCAACUGCUUGUGCUACUGCAAAUCAUUGCUUCUAUGCUGCUGCUAACCACAUCAGGGAAGGAGAUGCUGAUUUAGUAAUUGCUGGAGGAACUGAUGCACCAAUUGUUCCAGUUUGCUUGGGGGGUUUUAUAGCUCGUGGAGCUUUGUCCCAAAGAAAUGGUGAUCCACAAACUGCUUCAAGACCUUGGGAUAAAGAUCGAGAUGGCUUUGUUUUAGGCGAAGGUGCUGGAGUUUUGGUAAUGGAGAGCUUGGAGCACGCAAUGAAGCGUGGUGCACCAAUUUUUGCUGAAUACUUAGGCGGUGCAAUUAAUUUUGAUGCUCAUCAUUUGACUGAUCCCAGAUUAGAUGGAUUUGGCAUUUCAUUAUGUAUCCAAAGAUGCCUUCAAAAAGCCGGUGUAUCACCAGAAGAGGUUAACUAUAUCAAUGCACAUGCAACUUCUACAAUUGUUGGUGACCAAGCAGAGGUGAAUGCCAUAAGACAAGUAUUCAAGGACACUUCAGAUAUCAAAAUAAAUGCAACCAAGUCUAUGAUAGGGCACAGUAUUGGAGCUGCUGGGGCUCUAGAAGCCAUUGCUGUUUUAAAAGCCAUAACUAUUGGGUGGCUGCAUCCAACAAUAAACCAAUUUAAUGUUGAGCCUUCUAUGGAAUUUGAUACAGUUGCAAACAAAAAGAAACAACAUGAAGUGAAUAUUGCAAUUUCAAAUUCUUUUGGCUUUGGAGGGCACAACUCGGUCGUGGCAUUUUCAGCAUUCAAGCCUUAAUCAUCCCACUAAUAUUGCAACCCUUUUCAAUAUCUAAUUUCAUGUACUGGCAAAGAACUUUGAAUGAUAUAUGUUUCAUGAAAGACAA